AUGGCAGGCGCUGGUGAGCGCAAAAGCAAGAAGGAUGACAACGGCAUCGGCACAGCCAUUGACUUUGUGCUCUCCAAUGCCCGGCUGGUGCUGGGGGUGGGCGGGGCGGCCAUGCUGGGCAUCGCCACGCUGGCGGUUAAGCGGAUGUACGACAGGGCCAUCAGCGCCCCGACCAGCCCCACCCGCCUGAGCCACGCAGGGAAAAGGAGCUGGGAAGAACCAAACUGGAUGGGCUCCCCACGGUUACUCAACAAGGACAUGAAGACAGGCCUGAGCAGGUCCCUACAGACCCUUCCCACAGACCCCACGGCCUUUGACACAGAUACAUUCUGCCCACCCCGGCCCAAGCCAUUGGCCAGGAAGGGCCAGGUAGACUUGAAGAAGUCACGACUCCGCAUGUCCCUGCAGGAGAAACUUCUUACUUAUUACCGGAACCGGGCAGCCAUCCCCGCUGGCGAGCAGGCUCGGGCCAAGCAAGCUGCUGUGGACAUAUGUGCCGAGCUCCGGAGCUUCCUGCGGGCCAAGUUGCCUGACAUGCCACUUCGGGACAUGUACCUGAGUGGUAGCCUCUGUGAUGACCUGCAGGUGGUGACAGCUGACCACAUCCAACUCAUUGUGCCCCUUGUGCUGGAGCAGAACCUGUGGUCAUGUAUCCCUGGGGAGGACACCAUCAUGAAUGUCCCUGGUUUCUUCCUAGUUCGCCGUGAGAACCCAGAGUAUUUUCCUCGUGGUAGCAGUUACUGGGACCGCUGUGUCGUGGGGGGCUACCUCUCCCCGAAGAUAGUGGCAGACACGUUUGAGAAGGUAGUGGCUGGCUCCAUCAAUUGGCCGGCCAUAGGGUCCCUCUUGGACUAUGUGAUCCGACCGGCACCACCCCCAGAGGCUCUGACUCUGGAAGUGCAGUAUGAGCGUGACAAGCAUCUCAUCAUUGACUUCCUGCCAUCAGUGACCCUUGGUGACACUGUCUUGGUGGCCAGACCCCACCGGCUAGCCCAGUAUGACAACCUGUGGCGGCUGAGCCUGCGUCCUGCUGAGACGGCACGCCUGCGGGCUUUGGACCAGGCCGACUUGGGCUGCCGCUCUCUGUGCCUCAAGAUCCUCAAGGCCAUAUGCAAGUCCACUCCGGCUCUGGGCCACCUCACUGCCAGCCAGCUCACCAACGUCAUCCUCCACUUGGCCCAGGAGGAGGCCGACUGGUCUCCAGAUGUGCUGGCCGACCGGUUCCUGCAGGCCUUGAGGGGCCUCAUCAGCUACUUAGAGGCUGGAGUUCUGCCUAGUGCCCUGAACCCCAAGGUGAACUUAUUUGCAGAGCUCACCCCUGAAGAAAUAGACGAAAUGGGAUACACUCUCUAUUGCUCACUGUCUGAGCCGGAGGUGCUGCUGCAGACGUAGGGCAGGUGAAGGCCAAAGUAGGUGUCCAGUGGUCAGGCCCUGGAUUCUCUGUUAGAAACACUUGGCUACAUAGUUGGUGCCUCACAGGGUCCCUAGGUGCCUCCUGCCUUGCUGGUUAUUGCCCUGGUCACUUCAUGCUGAUUAGAAUGACACCUCUGUCUCCUCUUUUCUCACUAACCCUUUCUAUUUUUGUUACCAAACACUGUGCUCCCUACUCCUCCCCUCCCCCAGCUCCAGGCCAAUUUUUCUUGAAUGAAUUGAGAAGGUGGAGCACUGGCCUGAGCUGUUGAGACCACUUGGUGUUUGCAUUCUGGCCCAGGUGUGCUGCGUCUGCCCUGCCCUGUGGCCUGCCCCGUGGCCUGCCCCUUGUCCACGUCUUCUCCGUCUUUUCCUCCUGUUCAUCCCUUCAGUUUUGCUCUUUUCCCUGGAGCACAUCUGCCUGAUCGAGAUGUUGCCUUUUAGUUGAAUGUCACUGAAGUUAUGAUUGCAUGUCUCAAACUGAACUCUGCAAAGAGUACUCAGACAGUAUUUAGGGUUUCUGGGGGUAAAGCUGGUGGAAAAGCUGGCCUUUGACCCAGGUUCCUGGAGAAGAAGCCCAUUCCCCCCACCUCUUGACCGACUUACAUCUGUAAGUGCUGAGGUCUCUCGUGGGAACACGUCCUUGACCCACACAGGAGGGAGGACUCGAGAUAAAUUGGAUGCAGAGUUUUGCAGAGAUUGUGUUUCUUAGUGGCCAUCAGUAAGAGUGCAGGGUAGGGGAAACCGGAAGUGGUGGAGAGGGUCUGUGUGCCUGGUGUGUGCACCUCAUCCAUGGCUGGUCUAGACCAGCACCACUGUGUGCAGGAGUCAGACGGGGACGGGGAGGGACGAGGCUGUUGUUGGCCCCCUUCCUUGCCUUAUUGCCAAUUAGGACAAGGCCUUCAGGGACAGUCUUAGUAGUGCUAGAGGUUGACAGGCAGCUGAAUGUCAGCUGGAAGAUCCAGUCACAAGUUGGGGCCCAGUGACCGUGUUUCUCCCCCAUCAGGCCCUGCCUUUCUAGGAUGUUGCCUUAGAGCAGGAAUAGGCCCAAUAGCCAGCCCUUCAUUCCCCAGUGUCUGCCACAGGAACGUGAGGGGGCGCUCACUGAACUCUCUAGGCACCUACAGAGGCCAGAGGCCAGAGGCAGGCAGACACACACAGACCUCUUCCCGCUGUCCUGUCUCUCACCCAGCACCUGGGGAGACCGGUGCUACCUAGGAAGAGAACACGUGGAUAAAACACAGACGAGAGGGAGGUGGGUACUUCCUACCUUCCUUGUUUCCCGCUGCUAAAAUUGCACUAUUUAUUGCAAUGUAAAAAGUAUCCUGAGCGUGGGGAGGAAUAUUUAAUACACAAUGUCAGUGCACCUUCUUGUUUUGUGGUUUUUUCCUGUUUGUGGCAAGAGGCUGAUGAUAAUUCUGUUUCUGAUCCGCCCAUCCAGUAUUUUGUUCUCCCGUCAAGUCUUAACUACUUUUAUUCUUACUACCUCUCCAUCAUCGAGAUUCUGGUGAAGCUCUCUGCAGCUGUCUCAUUCCUUCCCAGUGAGAGUGACAUGAAAUGACUCUUUAAAUAGCAUUGAAACCUCAGCUACCCUUUGGAUUUAGGGUAGAGAUUCCUGUCCCCUCUUUUGUUACGGUUUAGGAGGUUGAGAACCAGGGGUAACCUUGGUUAUAUUUGGAAAUCUUCCUGCCUCUUCUCUCAUGUACAUGCAGAGUUUCCCUAAAAUGGUUCAGUUGUUUCAUUUGUAUAAAGACAUUGCAGGAGGAUGAAAAAUAUAAAGCCCAGAACCCUGAGAGAGCUUCUCCAUCCUGGCUGUUCAUCAGAAUCACAGUGGAGUUUAAAACCAUCCCUAUGCCCGAGUGCUGCCCUGGGUGGGUGAUGUAGAGGGUAUGGGGCGGGGCCUGGCAUUGCUGGUUCUGAUGCACCCAUCUGAUGUCUAUUAGAAGGAAGGGAGCAGGGGGGGCUGAAAGUUGCAAAAGCAUGAGUUAUUCUUCACUGAUAAAAAAUUUGGUUUUCCCAGUGUAAAUAUUAUAAAACCUAUAAUUUCCCCAAGCUGAUAUCAGACAAAAUUCCAUAUAAAACAUAAGAAGGAGAGCUCAAAAAAGAAAAGAUUUUAAAGACCAAAUCCCAAAUUAUCAAAGCCAAGUGUAAUUGUGAUUUGAGUUUAUCUCCUCUUUUUCUAAAGAGCAUCUUUCUAAGGGCAGCUCUGUCUCUUACCUAUGUUUCACAAAACCAAAAACCCUAACUUCACCAUUUCCAUAAGCAAGAAUCUCUUAGAAGUCCUCAGAACUAAAAGCAGUGGGAAUUCUUGGCCCUGGUCCUGGUGAUUUUGCUCACCAGGGUUUGCUGAGUGAGAUGGGGUGAGUCUCAUCAAAACUUAGACAACAGUUAAGUGCUUUGAGAUUCUUGGAUAGAGGAAGGAACAUCGCCUGCCUGAUUUUAGUCUCUGGAGAAAGAUUUAGGGCCUUUCCCCGCCUUUCAGCCUGCCUUUUCAGUAACUCCCACUUUUGCGUGAAGUAAGAGUAUCUGCUCCUGCUUUUCCAUCUGGAAAUUUUUUUUGCACCAUCUAGGUUAGCAAACCACAUAGUUAGCUUAAUGCUUACAUAAAUGCUCAUCAUCUUAAGUGUAUUUUGGUUUUCCCUGUUGCCCCUUCGUAAAACAUGAGUUCAGGACAGCAGUAUUUUUCUUUAUACACUUGGUUGUGACUUUUUUUUUUUCAAAUAAAUAAUCGAAACUCAUGUUUGGAAAACCUGUGUUGUGAGGCCUAUUACCUUUCCUCCUGGGCUCAACCCCUGGUGGUUCUCCUGGUCACACUCCAGAUUAGCUGACUUUUGCUCCCUAGUACUCCACUCAAGUUGAGACCUCAAAUGGUUUUGAUGUGGAAUCAGCUUUGGGAUCUAAAGGCCCUGGAGAGGCCCCAGGAGGGUUGUGUGAGUAGGGAUCCCUGCAUGUGUCCAGAAUCUCUGCCAGCUACAUCUUCUCUGAGACUAUGACCCUGGCUGAGAACCUCUGCUCUCACAGGAUUUGUUAGAAAUCUGCCCUUUGUGCUGAAGCUCAAGGCCAAAGAGAAUGGCAAGAUACACUUAGGACUAGAGCUGUGAGGCUGUAGCCUUUUUAGAUACUUCUCAUCCUAAGUGGCCAAAAUACCACAGAUGGGUUCUGGGUUAACUGCAUACAGUGUGUUAUUUACCUCUUCAUUUUGAUCACCUCAUACCCUAUAUUCUUGGUUGCUGAGGCCAAGUCCACAACCUGCCUUUGUCACUUGCCUGCCCGUCAAUGAGCAGUUGAUGUGUUUAGCUGACAGAUUUGGAAUCAGUCUCCAGUCUUUCUGUCCUGUCUUGGCUAGGUCCACUUAGAAGCAGCUUAGUCCUGAGACCUAGAAAACUACUGUCCUUUUUCUCCUUGAGGGAGGAAAUAAAGCUGGGGAACAUGUUGUCCUUCCACAGCAUGGCUAGAAGAAAAUAAAAGUCUCCUUUCCAACUCCUUUCCAAAA